AUUUUUACCUGGAGAGGAAAAGAGCAGUGAUGGGAUUGAGAAACCUGAGCGUAUUUGUGCUUUUUAUUAAAGAAGGAUGGGAAAAAGCGUUCUCUGUUGCAAAGUACCUCUGUUUUCUACAUGUUACCAAUGCCUAUGUGGUCACCCCUGUUCUUACCUAUGGUCCUAGCAUGCUUCCUACAUUUGAUUUGACAGAGAGCUUGUUUCUUGGUGAAAGGAUAUCAACCCGAUUUGGUAAAGUUGCUCGUGGAGAUAUUAUAAUCUUACGGUCUCCUCAAUGCCCUAGAAAGUAUAUGACGAAACGGUUGGUUGGGAUGGAGGGUGAUACUGUUACAUACCUUUCUAAUCCUAAGGACAACGAUAAGCAUGAGACAGUUGUGGUUCCAAAAGGUCACGUUUGGGUACAGGGAGAUAAUAUCUAUAAGAGUAAGGAUUCAAGAAAUUUUGGUCCUGUUCCUUAUGGUCUUAUUGAGAGCAAGAUGUGCUGGAGGGUAUGGCCACUUAAAAAUUUUGGACCUGUCUAGAAUAAAUGAUCUGAAACAAUCAAGCAUGCAAUCAUGUGAGCGACAUGACUCUUUAGGUUU